AUGGAAGCUCUUAUGAUACAGGCCAUUCAGGGCAGCGCCACCUUGAGAAAGACUUCGAUGCCUUGGAAUCUCGACGAACCCUACCCACAGUCCUACUACGACUAUGACCCCGCCACAUCCACCUGGGUCUCACAGUCCACAGGCCAAAGCACCCAGGACACCGCACCCAUCGCAACAAUAGCCCUCUACAGCUGGAACAUCGACUUCAUGCUCCCCUUCGCCGCCGCCCGCAUGAAACCAGCGCUCGCCCACCUCGAACACCUAACACGCUCCCUCCCACCAACCGCGGCCCCGAUCAUCUUCCUCCAGGAAUGCACCCCAUCAGACCUCACCACCAUCGCCGCAACCCCCUGGAUCCAAUCCCGCUUCCACCUCACCGACAUCGACCCCUCGAACUGGGCAACAACGCAAUACGGAACCACCGUGCUAAUCGACGCCCGCCUCCCGGUGUCAUCCGCCUUCCGCGUGCACUAUUCCAAAACACGCAUGGACCGGGACGCCCUCUUCGUCGACAUCUCUCUCAACAGACCAGAUGCGGGGAAAGAAAAACUAAUCCUCCGCCUCUGCAACACCCAUCUCGAAUCCAUGGCCUUCGACCCGCCCUUCCGGCCGCCGCAGGUCGCGCUCUUCGCAGAAUACAUGCACCGCGAUGGAAUCCACGCCGCGCUAGCAGCCGGGGACUUCAACGCCAUCCAGCCGUUCGACCGCACCCUGCACAGUGAGAAUAGCCUCAAAGACGCGUUCCUGGAGCUCGGCGGGCGCGAGGACACAGAGGAGGCGUAUACAUGGGGCCAGCAGGCGGCGACGAGCCAGCGGGAGCGGUUUGGGUGUUCGCGGAUGGACAAGGUUUAUUUCUGCGGCGGUGUGAAAGUGCGUCGGUUUGAGAGGUUUGGGGCGGAGAUAUUGGCGGAGGGAGAGGAGGAGCGAAAGGGGAUCGUGGAGUUGGGGUUUGAGAGGCCGUGGGUUACGGAUCAUUUGGGGGUUGUGGCGGAAGUGGAGGUUUUGGGUGCGAAUAGACCACAGCUUUAA